UUUUUUUUUUCCUUCUUGUUUUCUUAUCGUUCAGGAAUUUUUUUUUCCUCUUUGCCUUCUGUCGUCGUCGGCGUUUGAAAGUUUGGAACGGGAGGCGGGAUGGUGCCGCGAAGAGAGUCAGUCAGGCUCAGAUCGCAUCGGGGCAUCACACGCGUGCUUGGCUCGCAUCAAGCUUUUUAUUUGCUCGUUCGCAUCUGCCGGCUUUCGACUUUUUUUUUUUGCUGCGUCGCAAGACACGAGCGGGAGAUUAUUGGCGCGUUGAUGGGUGACGAUGGUGGCGGCAUCAAGAGCCUCAGGCAGACCAACCAGCCAGCCCAAGCGACCGGGUAAUCGCGCAGACCCGAAAGACGUCCGGGCCCCUAUCGUUGCAUAUUGCAGUGUUGGCAAGUUUGCGGCGACGCGCAAAGGCAAUAUGCGUUCGGCGCGCGCGCCCCUGCGCCGCCAGCACACGCAACAACAAGACCGGUCGCGAUAGGGAGGGCUCAGGGACGGCUCGUGAGUCGUGACGAUACGCAGGGCGCGCGCAAUGCACUCCUCGUAUUUUGCUUUUUUCCUUUUUUGCCGCUGCGGCGGUAAGGCUGGCUUGGUCGCAGCGUUUUCUGCCAGUCUGUGUGUCUGCGUCCGUUCGUUUUUUAAUUAAUUUGAUUCCCACCUCGGUCCAACCGUGCUCCCCUUGGCUUUGGCCUGGCCGCCCGCCAGCGCACAUCACGAGAGUUGGUCCCCCCUAUCGCCACGAUCCUCCCUCCUAUCUGGAUGUGAGGGAAAUCACUGCCUGAGCGCCCUAACGGCGAGAUGAGAAAUGUAAUUGCUGGCACUGCUGCUCCGAGCUCGAGAGUCUCGAUUCUCG